UAGUCAGUCGUCUCGUGGCCGAGUGCGCGAACGGACGUUCAGAUCCGCCGCCGGGAGGUGCGCCGGUGAAGUUGCUGGACCACUCGCGUGAACUGUGCAAGUGUGAACUAACAGGAGUGAGUGAGUGCUUCGGAGUACAGCAGCUUCCUGUUACAAUGACCGUCUCCAUGCAGAGAAACAUGCCGACCACGAUGGCGUCCUGAGAUGACGGCCGCACAGUUGGCACUCCUGCUCGCGCUGUUGCUGCCGCUCAGCCGAUUGCAAGAACCGGAGGGCGCGGCAGCUGCGGCGGCGGCGGUGGGCGGUGCCGUCGCGGCGAGUCCCCCAGCCGUGGAGGCGGCGGCCACGGCCGGGGUGCUGGCGGCAGCGGCGGCAGCCGGCGCGGCGGGGGCCUCCUCCGCCUCCGGACCCGACGAGCACCACAUCGACGAGGACGACGACGAUGACGAAGAUGACCUGGACGACGGUCUGGAAGACGACGAGCGCGACGGCGGCGGGCUGCUGCUGCUGCCGGCGCCGGGUGUCGGGCUGGCGGGCGGCGGCUCCGCCCCCGGGGGCGGUGGUGACGGCGCCGACGCAGGCACUCCCUACUUCUUGUCCGAGCCCGCCCCCGCCUUCGUCGUCAAGCAGCGCGCCGCCACACUCAGCUGCAAGGCUGCCAACGCUCUCACCCUGCACUUCCGCUGCACCGACGGCGCACGGAGGAACCCGACGCGGCAGUCGGAGCACGUGGACCCGCAGUCCGGGGUGCGCGUGGUGGAGGCGUCGCUGGACGUGUCGCGGGAGGACGUGGAGGAGUUCUUCGGCCGCGACAAGCUCAAGUGCGAGUGCGUCGCCUGGAGCUCCCGCGGCCAGGCCAAGUCGCAGCCCGCCGCCGUCGACGUCGCCUACCUGCGCAAGCAGUUCGAGACGUCGCCGUACGGGCGCGCGGUGCGGCUGGGCGCGGGCGCCGAGCUGCGCUGCCUGCCGCCGGCCGGCGUGCCGCAGCCGCGCGUCUACUGGCUGCGCAACGGCGCGCCGCUGGAGCCCGACAGCAACGUCAUCGUCUCCAGCGAGGGCCACCUGCUGCUGGGGCAGGCGCGCCUCCAGGACACCGCCAACUACACCUGCGUCGCCGAGAACGUCGCCGCGCGCCGGCUCAGCGAGCCCGCGCUGCUCACCGUCUACGUGGAUGGCGGCUGGAGCGCCUGGUCGUCGUGGGGCGAGUGCAGCGCGUCGCGGUGCGGCCAGCGGGGCGUGGUGCGCCGGACGCGCUCGUGCUCCAGCCCCGCGCCGCUCAACGGCGGCCAACCCUGCCCCGGCACCGCCGUCCAGAAGGCCGAGUGCAUCGGGCCGUGCCCGCCGCAGCAGCCCGAGGCGUCUACGGUGGUGGACGGCCGCUGGUCGCCGUGGUCUCCGUGGUCGGUGUGCGGACCCGACUGCCGGCAGCAGCGACACCGCGCCUGCACCAGCCCGCCUCCCAGCCACGGGGGCCGCUUCUGCCCCGGCAGGGACACCGCCGUCGCCGACUGCGCCGGGGGACUCUGCAGGCUCUCCGCCGGAAACCAGGCAGAAGCUGCUGGCAGCCAUGACUCGGUGCAGCUGUCAGAAGAAGCGGUGCACCCGCCGGACGUGGCGCUGUACGUGGGCCUGGCCGUGGCGAUGGUGGUGUUCGCGCUGAUGGCGGCGGCGGGCGGCUACCGCUGGCUGUGGCGGCGCAAGGGCGCGCGCGCGGGCGGCGCCGGCGGCGGCCUGUACUCGCCCGCGUCGGCCGGCGACGUGGCGGCGGGCGCGCUCGCCGCAGACCCGGAGAAGCGCCGCCUGCAGCCCGACCUGACGCAGACGGCGGUGAUCGCGGCCGCCUGCUACGAGUACCCCUACAGCGAGCCGCCGCCCCCGCCACCCGGCGCCCUCUCCCACGACGACGACGAGGAGGAGCACCACUACGACGAGCCGCUGCGGCCCGGCGGCUCCACCUCCAGCCUGAGCAGCGCCGGCACCGCCUCAGUGCUGCAGGCGUCGCUGGAGCCGGAGCUGAGCGCGGCGGGCGUAGCGACGGCGGCGGGCGCGCGCCUCGAGCUGCCCGAGCUGGGCGUGGCGCUGACGGUGCCGCAGGGCGGCGUGGCGCGCGGACGGCGCCAGCGCGUGCUGGUGGCGCUGCUGCGCGACGCGCGCCCGCCGCUGCCCGACGGCUGCGUGCGCCUCUCGCCCGUCGUCAUGUGCGGCCCGCUGCGCCUCGAACUCGCCAAGCCGCUCAUCCUCAGCUUCCAGCACUGCGCCGCGCCGCCGCACGACGCCUGGCGCCUCUCCGUCUGGUGCUGCGACACGCCGCCCGGACAGCCGCCCUUCUGGCAGGAGGAGGCGGUGCUGGGCGAGGAGACGAUCAACACGGCGGUGUACGCGCAGCUGGACCCGGGCCGCGUGCACCUGGCGUGCGAGGCGGGCACGCGCUGCGUGCUGGUGGGCCGGCCUGCGCGGCCGCGCGCCGCCAGAAAGAGCCUGCGUCUCGCACUGUUCGGCCCGCCUGUGCCGCCGCUGGUCGCGCUGCCCAACUGCAGCCUGCGCGUCUACGUGCUCGAGGACACACGCGAGGCGCUACAGAGUGUGGAACGUGAAGAGGCAACAUUGGGUGCACAGUUGCUGGACCUUCCUAGGACCUUGCACUUUGAGGAUGGUGGUGGACCCCUCAUACUGAGCCUUGAAGAUGUUGGUCCUGGCUGGCACAGCAAACCACAAGCUGGACAUCAGGAGAUACCGUUCCAGCAUGUGUGGAACCCAAGUCACGGCCACUUGCACUGCUCAUUCUCACUGGAACGCACAACAGUGCCACAACAGCCAUUGUCACUCUCAGUAGCAGCAUGCCAGCAGGGUAACAACAGCAAAGUUGUCCUAAGGGUGCAGCCUGACCUUGGUGCAGUGCCCCUAACCCCUGGCCUCACCACUCUGACUGUUACUACAAGCAGUGGUUGCAGCUCUCUGAGGUCAUCCCCAGCUAGUGCUUCACAUUCACCCUUCAGGGUGCCACGUGCAGUCUGCAAGCAGCUGGCUAAGAGCCUAGAUCCUCCAAAUGCAAGGGGAAAUGACUGGCGUAUGCUUGCUCGACAACUGGGCGUUGACAGGUACAUCAACUAUUUUGCAACUAAAGCUAGCCCCACAGAGCACAUUCUGGAUUUAUGGGAAGCAAGGCACAGGGAACCUUCUGCUGUUCCUGAUCUGCUCAAUGUGCUGCGGCUGAUGGGGCGCUCUGAUGCUGCAGCUCUCCUUGAACGAGAACUCGGUGCUUGGAUCUAAAAGCUUAGAGAUACAGACACAUUAAUUGCUUUUGGCACUUUCUACAGACACUGCAGUACUCUUGUGGUACUGAUAACUGAAGGUACCAAUAAGCUAAGACAUGAGGUUCUGCUUCCUGCCAUAGAGACUGAAUAUUUCACAGAAAACAGCUCCUUUCUGGUGGGAGUAACUAUUUGUGUAAUACAUUUUAAGACUGUUACGGUGCAUACAGUGUUGUGGAUGAAAGUGUGCUGGAAAAAGCUAUUAAACAUUUAUAACUUCUUUAGUUACAGAGUACAUUCUGAAAUCAGAGAUUUAGGAAUCCAUAUGUAGUGUUGUAUGUGUAAAAGCUCAUUGAAAUUAACAGAAAGUAGUUUGAAUCAAGAACAUUUGGAAUCUGUAAGUUAUAUUGUGUAUUUUUUGAGUCACUACAGUACUGAUGUUAUAUGGAUUAUGACUACUGUGUAUUACGUAACACUACCUGUGGGUUCAAAACAAUAGGUCAUAUUACAAUAAGCAUAAAUAUGUAUUGCAUUUUUAUACUGUAUGAGUAAUGAAGACAAUGUAGUUCAUCUUGAGUUAUAAAUACAACACAGCUGAUACUGAAAGAAAUGUGCCUUACAUUAAUGUAAUUUUUGCAGAUACAUUCAGAAUUUUUUUAAUGCUCAUAUUUCCAGUUUUAUUUCAUAAACAGCAGUUGGCAGAGGGUGACAGGAUUUGAAUUAUUUUUAAAAACAUCUACAGGAUUGUCAAACCCAUAGUGCAUCCACUAAGUACAAAAAUAGCGCUUAUUUGUCCACAGAUGAAGCUUCAUUAGCCAUCAGCUCCAGUAUAUAGUAGUUCUGGGACCAAAAUAAGUAUAUUUUAUAUUUAUUUUCAAAGUUUUGCCCAGAAAAUCAAAAUAAUGUAAACAAUGUGAGGAAACUGGAUAAUGUUACAAGAUUUUGUAAACCAGUGGAUAUUAUAUGGAAAUUAUAUCAGAAAGUAAUGUUACGUUUUGAACUGUCUUGAAAAUGAAGCUGUUUCCACUUUUAGGAUAAAUACAUGUAACACUUUCAUUUGUUAUUUUUUUGUAAAUAUAACUAUGCAUAUAUAGCUUUCACAUUGCUUCUGGAAAACAAAAUUUAAUGCAUCCUGGAUUUAUACCAGCUGCCUUGCAGACAUGUAGAUCUCAACUAAAUUUUGUAAAUCAGAUAGUGUCUUCUGAGGUUUAAACAUCUUUGCUGUGUGAAUAUCUCAUGAAAGUUUCUGUUUUCAGUCAGGCAACAUUAACAGUGCAGUACUGAAUAUAUAACAAAUGAAAUCCUGGGAUGCUACCUAUUUUACCACUUUAGAAUCAACUGUUGUCAUCCUGCAGCCAAUAUUUACAAAUAAAAUCAAUACUUGUAAGCAUUUGUGUGUGGAAUAGCUCUAAAUAUCUUCUGAUGUGUUACAGUCUCCAAAACCUCGUUCGUGGAUAGAAAACAACUAAAGAAAAAUGUUUUUCACAGCCUACUUACAUAAUCUACAGUUUUACCUUCUUACUACAUUUGUGCUUCUAAUAUACUGGAUAAGCUGCAAUGAUUAUAGAAUUUUGUGUUGUCCCCUGCACCCUCAAUAGGCACAUUGCUGUUAUGUUUGUAAAUUAUUUCUUAAUUGGAAACAUGUUUAUUAGAUGUCAUGAAUUUUGAUUUUAAAGAAAAAAGAGUUUCCCAUGCCUAUGAAUGUGGCAAAAUUUGUUAGUCAGACAUGCUAUGACUAACGAAGAUUCGUACAAAAUUUAGUGUAUCUCUCCAUUUCCUUCAUUUCAGUUACAUGUUUGACUCACUUCUGAUCCAUGAGUCAUUCUAUGGUGAUUGUUAAAUACUUAAAUCAUAAAAUAUAACUAUAGAAAUUCUGCAGUUUUACAAAUCAGCUGUGAUGCUGUAAAGUGUUAGCGAUUAUACAUUUAAAUGACUGGUUGACGUACACUUGGAGGAAUAGGGACCUAUUGUAAUAGUAAACUGACUUUAUUAUUUUUUGUACAGUGAGAUGAUUUUCUCUGUAGUGGGACUAAAACAAUUACUCAGAACUGCUGCAUCUAAUCAAUUCAAUGUUGCUCAAUUUUGUCAUUAUCUUCUGAAGUAUGCUUCUGCAUAUUUACUUUUUGUAUUGGGGUAACAUGUCAUUCAGCACAGGGCCAGCAGAACUACCCUCUCAACCCCUGUUAGGUAUAUCACUUUAAAAUUUAAAGUCGGUGUCAUGGGUACCAUCACACCCUAUGUUUGGUUUCUUUUUGUUAAGUAGCUAAAGGAUUACAAAACAAUAAGGGAAAUGUUGUGGCGCAAUUACAUUUCUCUUUUGUACCUAUUCAUUUAUUAUGUUGGUAAAAUAAGAACACAGAAGACUAUUAAUGACAAUGGAAUUCCUUUAUUUGUUCCAAGAGAAAGAACAAGUCUCCCCUUGUAUUGAAUAACAUGUUCCCAAAUCUUGUUUCAUGUUGGCAUUUUCCUUAAUGGUAAUUUGAAGAUGAGGUUCUUUGAAAAGAGAAGUACAAACUAAAAAUGCUUGUCUUAUCUGCAGCUCUGUCUGGUUCUGUAUCAUUCAGGAAGCUCAGAAACUACUGCUCAGAAAUAAAACGAUAUUAUGUACUCUAAUUGGUUUUAGAAGUGCAUGAUUUCUGUGACCAUCACAUACAUUUACAAUCCAUAACAUAUAAUUUUGACUUUCAUGUCUUUAAAUAAACUGUCUCAAACUGGAUGUGUGAAGAUUCCAAAAGAAAGUAUAUGCCUAAAUGUGUGGGCUGCUGUUGUUUUUGUGUAAGACAUGGUAAUGUGUGUAUAGCUUAUGUUUCUUUUGUUACUGCUUACUGUCACUUGUUAGGCCAGCACGCAUGAUGGACUGUUUGUUCUGCUGUUAAAAUUCGUUUAUAUUUAGAGUUGUUUUAUAUUGUAACAAAGUCAAUUAAAGAUAUAAACAGAUAGAGUAAAUAUGUUUGUACAGAGUUUCUACAUAAAGUCAGAACUAUUUUGCUUGUAUGUAUGUACAUUUUGUGUUUCUGUUAGAUAAUGAGAGAACUGUACUUUAGUUUAACCAUAAUAAAAUAAAGCUGUCAUUAAAAA